CCGGAAGUAAAUAAGAAUCAAUACACAUGCGCAUGCAGACGAAGUAUUUCACGAAAAUUAGAAACUGCAAAGGCAAUGAAUAUCAACGACUUUUUCAAGUCUUUCUUCGGUUUUAAAAGUUCCAAAGAUCAUCAUCCAUUUGCAGGAAACAAUAUUUGGGAUGAUGAUGGUAAUGAUGAUGAAGAUGACCAUGGAACGUUUUUCUUUCACUUUGAUUUAAAUCGUCAGAUGGAGAGCAUGCAAAGAGAAAUGGAGGAUAUGUUUCGAAAUUUUGGUGCUGUAGAAUUUUCACCAGGUUCACAGCUUCCAGAAGCAAGAGAUCCUCAAAAUCCAAGAGAUCAGAUGUUAAAAGACAAUGAACACAAAGAGGAAAUGUUCUUUCAACCUCGUCUACCAUUUGCACCUGAGUCGAGAACCCAGCAGAAUCCAAGAGAUCAAAUGUUAAAAGACCAUGAAGAAAAAAAAGAGUCAAAGCCAUAUUUUAUACAACCCUUUUCUCCUUUCAGAUCUCCAUUCAGUCCAAGAUUACCUGUUACAGGAAAGAGGGAAGAUUCAGAUGUGGAUGGAAAGCUUGGAGUAGAUGAUGUUGCUAAACUCUUUGAUAAUCCAAAGUCACAGCCAGAGUUCAGGAUGGAACAACCAAAAUCCUUUUCUUUUAAUCGAAGCUUUUCAUUUACAACAUCAAGAGGCCCAGAUGGGAGAGUAGAACAGAGGAAGACAGUGAGAGAUGGAGAUGGGAAUGAAGAAGUGACAGUUACCAGAUCUAUAGGGGACCAGUCACAUUCUGUCACUAUAAAGAAAGAUAAAGCUGGUGUGGAGGAAAAGAUUGAAAAUUUUAACAAUAUUGAUGACAAGGAUAUCAAUAAAUUCAACAGAACUUGGAAAUCUCAGCCACAACCAUCAUUGCCUGAAUCUAAAGGAGAUCAAAUGAUCAGAGACAACCAUCCAGAUUUGAGAGACAAUAUCCCAGUGAUUAAAGACAGCACAGAUGCAUCACUGUUCCAUAAAUUCUUUGAUGGUUGGUUUAAACCAAAGUAGACCUGUAAAAUAUGUCCUAUACCAGAUUGAAACAGAAAUUUAACAUCUCAAAUGACUUGCUGAUAUAUGUACAUCUGCUGAUGUACAUGCUGUUUCAUACUUUACAUAAACCAUUGUCUUUCAGUUUUAAUUUUCAAAUGUAUGGUAUCAAUAACGUUUUUUGUUUUGUUUGAUUAAACUUGCUAUCGGCAAAGUAGAUGCAUAAGACUCCUUGUUUCACAUGUCAAUGUGACUGAGUGUUUUUAAAAUAAAGCAUAUUGUAUACUUGUA